AUGCUUGUGACAACGUGGCUUAGCGUUGAGAGGGGGACAGGCGGCUUGGGAAGGCACAGGGUGGUGUUCGACCACCAUCACGUUCGCCUUUUUCGGGAAGAGUUUGGCGCGCUGGUUCAACACGCGGAUGCUGGCAUCGAGAUCACCAGUCAAAGUCUCAAGGCAUUUGGCUCAACGAUUGGGGUGCACGAGAUGAAGGUUACUACUGCGUCAGCUACUCUGCUUUCUUUGCUCUCAGUCUCGGUUCUGAGAACCGCCGCGUUGCCGCUCAGGCUCAAUAGUCUGGUUCCAACCUGGUCUUGGACUACGCGAAUGCGAGACUCACAUGGAGACAUUUUUGCCCGCACAGACGCAGACUUCGACAAUGUAUCCUACGCCGAUGUGGUCAAGAUCGGUGCUCACGACUCUAUGGCUAUAGGAACACGGAUCGUCCACAAUCAACACCUCACCGUUACGCAGCAGCUCGACCUGGGCAUUCGUCUGCUACAAGCUCAAGGACAUCCAUGGGACAAUCCUUCCUCUGCCAAUCCUUCUGGUAUUUCACUCUGUCAUACUAGCUGCUACUUGCAGAAUGGUGGGUAUCUCGAAGACUGGCUUGGCGAGAUUCUGGCAUGGAUGGACCGCCACCCAGCCGAAAUUGUGACACUCCUCCUCACCAAUCCGCAAAACGCAGAUAUCGACGACUGGGCACAAGGCUUCGAGUCGCUAGCAGUCUACCAAAGAGCGUUCACGCCCAGGUUACCUGACAUCUCGCGCAAAGCCUGGCCCACUUACGCCGAAAUGCGAGCAACAAACCAGACCCUGGUCAUCUUCAUGGACAGAGGAACGAGCUUCUCGAAAUAUCCCUAUAUCAUCAACGAAUUCGCAAACGUCUGGGAGAACGCAUAUGACCAAACCGAAUUACCGUUCAACUGCAGCGUUGAGCGAGGAAAGAACCCAACUGACAGACUAGGGCUGAUCAACCAUUUCCUCAACGACGAGCUGGUCGCAACAGGUAUCAUGUACCCAGACAAGGACCAGUUGAACCAGGUCAAUGCUGCCAGUGGCAGCUUCGGCUUGAUCUCCAACUUUCACAACUGCACAGCACAGCAUGGUGGUACUAGACCCACGUUCAUGCUGAUCAACUUUUCAGAUGUACCAAGCAGCGGUGGCGCACUGGCAGCAGCAGCCAUGUUGAAUAAUCUCACCGACGCCGGUGUUCUGCCAGUGACGAGCUCGGCAGCGAUAACCGCGGAUCGCGGACCAACGCGCGUCUUGGUGUGCAGUCUGGUUGGCAUUACUGUAGCCGCUCUCCUGCUCUAA